UGCUUGUUGUUUCUGAAGCGACUCGAGGUAACCCAAACCUGUCCGUCUUUGGCAAUAACGUAAUUUUCUGGAAUGCUUCGGCAGUUGCGCACAGAUUGACGUUUCCAACUUUGAUUGUUAAUAUCUCAUUCAGUCCCGAAUGUCUGAUAAAAAGAUUAAGGCAGUUUUAAUGAAUGUGCCAGAGCGUGAAUUAAUGGCUGACAUUUUCAUGCAAGAGAAUGGAGAGGCAAUCCUUCCAGUGCAUGUCAGCAUUUUGAAAUUGAAGCGCAUGGACUCCGACAUUUAUUUUGUAGCUGAGGACCGAGAUAAAACAGUCAAAAGAAGGCAGCUGGCUAAUGCAAAGGAGCGAUUAAGGGUGAGGAGUCUGAACGCCAUGUUCGCUCUUCUGAAACGCAUAGUGCCAGUGAUGCCAUUAGGCCGCAAACCUAGCAAAGUGGACAUGCUGAGGGCGGCGGCGGAGUACAUAAGACUGCUUUCAGCUGUGCUACAGGAUCCGUGUAGCAGAGAAAGUCCAAGUAACGUUCUUCAAAGUGGAGAUGCUCAACCAAAUACUGGGAACAGCCUACAAACGGAUGUUUGGACCAUAGAUAAGGUACUGCUGGCCUCCGUUCCCAGCACAGUGCCCAAUGAAACUGUAUGCACUCCUGCCCCAGCUCCAGUUGCCACUGCAGCAAUACAUGUCAACGACCCACAACCCAGAGGCCUUCUGAUCCAGUGUGUGCAGCCUCCUUUCCAGUACAUCCUUCAGCUUGCCCCGGGGGUGGACCAGGACACACUCCAGCCCUCAUGCUCCGUCCCACAGCCAGAGCUCACGGCUCAGUUUCAGCCACAGCUGCAGUUGCCUUUCCAGAUCCAAGCCCAGACUCUUUAGGGGUCAGGGCCUCGAGUCCUAGUGUCACACAUCCUAUGUCAUUUGUGUUUUGUUUUUAUUUAUUAUUGCGUGUGUUAAAUGUGUCAUAUGCUGUGCAUUGUUUUUGUAUUUACCCUCCUAAAUAUGGUUCAUAGCCUUGGGUCUUAUGAAACCACAAAUGCCAAAGGAAGUAUUUCUAAGUGUUUACUAUGUGAGUGAUUACUAUAUCAAUGUUCUGGGGGUGUAUAAGAAAUGGUUUCGGGGGGGGAAGUAAAUUAUUUUUUAAAAUAUUUAUUUUGUUGGGCGUUGUGUCUGUUAUUUUGGUAUCGGGGAAAUCACUAAUAAAUGUUACCAGCAUGCA